AAAAAACAAAUAACCCAGGAUCUACACAAAACAUUUCAUGAAGAGUUUAAGAUGUCAUCAUCCAUCCAUUUUCGUUCACAGUUCAAUGUUCAAUACACAAUGGCGUAUCUACUUUAUAUUACCACAACACAUGUAACGUUGACACCAGAAAAUGUUUUUGAUGAAUUAGAUAAAAAUAAAACUGGAGCAGUUACAGUAAAAGAUUUAGAAGAAUUACAGCAUAUGCGUUUUAGAAGUACGAAGAAAGAAAUCAGUUACUUCAUAGAUGCGGGAUUAAACUGUUUGAAAACUCAGGAUGAUAAAUUCGACAAUAAUAGAAAUCUACAAGAUUAUUAUUCCAAACAGAUCUUAAGGUCGGCAUUUUUACAAUGUCCCGCAAUAGUUGAUUAUAUUAGAAGAAAGGGAAUAUUAAAGCCAAAAUACAAACAUACUUUGGAUACGGAUGAUAAUUACGUCUUUGUCAUAACCAAAAAUAUCAUGCCAUAUUCGAGAUGGAUGUUAAACUGGAUCACAAACAACCCAAGGAAAUUUAUUGCCAUCAAUGAUGAAAUGGAUCACAGCAAAAUGAUAGCGACGGCGGUUGAACUUGAAUUAAAAAACUUUUAUGAAAGAUUAUUUCCUACUCCAUCACAAUUUGAACUUCAAGUGACUUGAUGUCGGCUGUACUAGUAGUUAACAAAUAGAUAAUUAAGAAAAUUCUAUUAUUAAAUUAAUGAAUAAGAUAUACGUUUUGAUAAGGCCAAGUGAGAAGCCAAUUUUGCACACACAAAAAACGCGUACUGAAUUCUAAUUGACCACAAAUAUAUUAGUAUCUUAAAAUCUUAGGAUAAAAGAAUUUUACAACGAAAAAUAUAUUACGGGAAUUUAAUCUUUGGAGUGUAUUUCAUAUUGUUUCUUUAUGUUGAAAUGGAAUUUUACUCGUUAUACGAGACCUGUAGUAAUGAAAAGGCGUGACACCUUAAUGAAAAGCAAAGUAGAGACUUUAAGAUUACAUUUAUGUGCAACAAGUAACGAUGGAUUUCGUUAGAAAAUGUGUAUGUAUUGCUAGAGGUUUUUUUAUCACAUUAGAUCACCCGAGACGGUGUUCAUGUUGUAGCUGAUGGUUUGAUAUAACUUGGAUAUUACCUGACCUGACUACUAUUUAAUUAAAAUAAUAAUAAAAGUACAUCAGUCUUCUUAAAAACUGACCUUGGUCAGGGUCUAUAGUAACAAAAGUAAACAAAAAAGCAUGUUUGAAAAAGAUUCUUGGCAGAAUUAAACCAGGUUUAAUUUGCAUGGGUUAUUUCUUGAGUUUUAUAUACAUGAAGAAAUGUUAACAAUGUCUGUUGAUGAAUGACAGUAUUUAUUCGUACAAAUUCUCAUUUGCUGAGGAGAUAUUUUGCAGAUUUUGAAUCUAAAUUAUUAUACAUAAUGAUAAUAUAUAUUCAAAGUAGAUCUUCUACCCCUUUUUACAGUAUUUUUGUUUGUGCAUAUCGUUUGUUUUCUUCACAUAUGACAUUGUUUGUAAUUAUAUGCAUAUGUUGACUGGCAGUUUUUAAAAAUAGAUAUAAAAUAUUGAAAACGCGGAUAAAAUGAUAAUGAUUUGUUUAAAUUGUAUCAAACAACUUAUUAUUGUUUUAUCUUUAUAUGAAAACAAACAGGAUUGUCAAUAGUGUCUAGAUCUCAGGAGUCAAUAACUCUUUGACCAAAUAUUCAUUAGUCAACCAUUAAGUUUUUCUUUCAUGCAUGUACUUCGGGUAUUUAUUACAGUAUAAUAUGUAAAUCCAUAGAUGUAUGUAUCUCAACGUUGCUCGUUAUUGUUGUUUAUUGUUUACAUAACGUUAUAUAGUACAUUAUAAAGUAAUCUAAAUAGUUGAAUAAUUUGAGAUAUAAUUAUAAAAAUGAAGAUAUUUUGUCAAAAAUGUAAUUGCAUUUUUUUCUUUUAUUUUGAAGCAAUAUUUAUAAAUAUGAAAUUCAAUUUAUCCAAAAUUCCGUACAGUUUCAU